AUGAGCACGCAUUCGGUUCUUCUGCGCGUGCUGGAGGCUUUUCGGAAGGGAAGAAAGGCAAGAGUCGUGGAGAUUGCUGAGUCUUUGCAGAUCACGAAAAAGGAGUGCGUAGACUCCCUCUAUCUUCUUGAGAGCCAGCUGGAGGAGAUUGGGUACUCGCUCAGGCCGGGCACCUCCUCGCGCGUGGACAGAGAGGGGAAAAGCCUCCCAAGCGAGUCCACGGGGAUAGAGUACACGCACUUGGCAGAGUCCUUCAAGAAGUGCGACUUUGUUUUCCUGGUGAAGAAGUUCGAGUGCUCUGAGGACGCGAACAGAUUUGUGAAUGAGAAUGUGGCAGUCAUCGUCUAUGCGUACAUGGUGCUAUAUCUGAACGGGAGCGAGACAGAGUACAGCCGCGUGGAGGAGGCACUCCGCCAAAUAGGAAAGUGCCCGGAAAUUCUGAAGGAAAUCGUCGGAAGAAAGUACUUCUACAAAAGAAAGAGAAACGACGGGCACUUCCUCCGGCCAGGAUGGAGGUUCUUCUUGGAGUUUCCCGAGUUCUCCCCGCAGGAGUACCUGGCCGCGCUUCGGGCAUCGGCGGCACCGCAAUAA